UUUUAUUUUGGCUCUCAGUUCUUUUGUUCCUUUCUUUUUUAAGUUUGGAAAAAGUUAGAUAUAGGCAAGCCAGGAGAAAGUGAAAUAUGUGUGUGUGGCAAGGGAUGGGGAUGGGAUGUAUGCUCUUCAUGCCCCCUUCCACAUAGUCCAACUUUUUUUUUUUUUUCUGAAAAAAAUCCACGGUGUCUUAGUUGAUCACAAAUAUCCCAAGUUGGUUUAUCUAAGCCUCUCCACUAGAAAUAGAGUUUUUUGUGUCAACUAGCUUUCUCUUCAUGAACUUUUCCACCCAGACCAGCAGGGUCCAAACUUUUCUAUCCAAUGCUGAGGGUUAGAAACUUGAGUUUUGCUUAGCUUUCUUCCUGCAUUUCAAACAAGCUAAAAUUCCUAUGUAACCAUAUGAACACAGGAACUGCAGCUUUCAAACCCUCAGGAGCUGACACCCCAGGACAAAGGGCAAUUUCUAAUACAAGAUUGGGGACAGAAUUAAGAUGGUGACUUAUUUUGCAUAUUAUGUGCGUAACUCCAAAUCUGAGAUUUUCUCAUGAAGGGCAGAGCUGGUGGAAAAGUUGACAAAACUAGUGAAAGAGGCACAUGUUUUCAUGAAAGACUUGCCCUUUGCUUUACCCAGUUGGCCAGAUCUUCACAGAGAUCACAAACACCCCGGCCUCGAGAUGUGUGGCUGCAGAGCAAGCGUUCCCAGCACGAAGCAGUACUCGGUCAAUCAGCCAGCUCCUGCUUCCACCAAAAAAAGCCCUUCGGCUGCAGCAGGCAUGCCCAAGCGCAUACCUAUAGCCAAGCAGCUGGCAUCAAUAAAAGCUCUAGGAAAAGGCUCAGACCUUGAAAAAGCUUUUGCUACGGUGGCUUUGGUGUAUAACAACUCUGCUGACCCCGAGGGCAAGCUCAGCAAAGCUGAAACCAAAAGCUUGCUGCAAACCCAGUUUGGGGGUUUCAUACAGGGCCAAGAAAAGAAACCAAAAUACCAGGAAAUAAUUUCUGCCCUGGAUGAGGAGUCAGAGAACAAAGUUGAUUUUGAAGAUUUCAUGAUCUUGUUAGUCAGUCUCACUCUAAUGUCUGACCUGCUGCAGGAGAUCAAAAAUGUGAAAACCACAAAAUGAUCAGUGCUUUAAAAGAAGAAAUGGCUUGGCACUUUACAAGGAAAGCAGGAGUGAACCACACGGAGAUAACACAGAGUGCCUGGAUACCCUGUGCUGGUUCCUUUUAAAUGGAAUA